AUGGACCACCUCGACUUUGACGCGUACGGCGGCGGCGGCCACCACGCCGGCGGGGGCUUCGGUGGAGGCGUGUCCCUCACGCUGGGCCUGCAGCAGCACGACUCCCACGACGGCGGCAGCGUCAACAUCGCGUUCGGCGCUCCGCCGACGCCCGCGCACCACCACCACUGCCGCGCCGUGGGCGGGAAUCGAGUGCCAAGCCUCUGCGCGCAGCAACUUAAAGGCGGCUUCAGAGUUUUCUUCAUUCAGAUGAGGACUUGUACCACAAAUGCAGCCUUCUUUCUCCUGCUGCUGCUGUGUGCUUGCUGCGUCGCCACCGGCCUUGCCUGUGACCCUAAUGGCGGUGGCGCCAAGUUCGGGUACAUCGGCUCUAUCGGUCCUGCCCACUGGGGCAGCUUGAGCCCCAACUUCACGCAGUGCGCGAGAGGGACGCACCAGUCCCCGAUCGACAUCUCCACGGCCGAAGCGGCUCUCAACCCGGGGCUGCAGCCACUCCACAGGGACUACACCGUCGCCAACGCUACCCUUGUCGAUAACGUCUUCAACAUCGCGCUGCGCUUCGACGACGACGGAGCUGCUGGGAGCGUGCGCAUCGACGGGAAGGUGUACAGGCUGAAGCAGAUGCACUGGCACUCGCCCUCCGAGCACACCAUCAACGGGCAGAGGUUCCCCGUGGAGCUCCACAUGGUUCACGCCAGCGACGACGGCAACGUCACCGUGGUGGCCAUGCUCUACCGAUUUGGAAGCAGGCCGGACCCUCUGCUUUGGCAGAUUCAGGACAAGCUGGCUGCGCUGUACGCGGAGGGGUGCAGAGCGGAGGAGGGCGCUCCAGUUCCCGCCGGGAACGUGAGCCUCUGGUCGCUGAGGCUGUACUCCCACACGUACUACCGCUACGUCGGGUCCUUCACCACGCCGCCCUGCACCGAGAACGUCAUCUGGAGCGUCCUUGCCCAGGUGAGGGAGAUGACGGUGGAUCAGGCCGCCGCCCUGAUGGCGCCCCUGGAGCAAACCUACAGGCGCAACAACAGGCCGACGCAGCCGAUGAACGGCCGCAUCGUCCAGGUCUACUACCACCGGUUCAUGAACAAGAAGACGGCGCCGUAG